AGAGUUUACAAGCUCGAGAGAAGUUGCCAUGUCUGCCCUCAUGCUCGAGAGCCUCAUCGGGACAUACGACCAACGUAACUCGUCGACGUGGCGAAGAGAGGACAUACGGCAUCGUGAGCAAGAGUGUCAGUGGCGGACAGACGAUCUUCAGCGCGAGCAAGAGUGGCGGGGGCAAGAUAUCCGCCGCAUCAAAAUCCAGGCGAAGCUAGAAAACGAACGUCGCCAAGCUGACACGCGAUCCGAACAGCUCUCGGCCGUGUCUUCCCUUGGUGCGUUGUUGGGUGGGUUUGCGUUGAUUUCCGUGAUCAACGUGAGUUUACCCGAUCCGAUCAAUUUGGAUCUGCUCUGGGUUUAUGGCAUCACUUCAGCACUUUGUAUUUGCACGAUGGUUGUCUCGUCCGUGACUUUCACAGUGCUUCUGGUCGCUGUCACGCGUUACUCGGCCCAUGAACUCGAGUAUGACGUCCGUGCGCUCCAAGAUCAGGACAUCGACUUCGAGUCACCCUUUUAUACGUGGUGGUUGAAGAAAUGCGAGACCGACUGGCUCCUAGGCUAUCUUCUCUUUCGAGCGGGGGUGACGUUGUUCCUAAUUGAACUCGGCAUCGUGUCGUGGGUGCAGUACAGCCGAUGGGAAGCAACAUCCAUCAGCAUUUCCGUGGUGGCAGGGAUCGGCCUGCUCAUUUGGCAGUUCCGAAUCUUGAGUAAGUGGCGAUACUUGAUGAAGGCACCUCCCGUCAAGGUGAGCGGUGUCGCCCGAGAGAUCGUGACGCCGCCCACGACGUAAUCGACAGCCUCUCCCUUGUGCGGCCAUAGACGUCAUAUACCAUCGUCCAUUUUUCUUUUUCAGUAUUAUGCUGCAAUAUUUAUGAAAGUAGUGACUAAACUAUUUCGCUCGAAAUAGUUCUCCUUUGACAUGACUUAUAGAAAAUUUGAAUU